GACAUUGCAGACAGGAGGGGGCGUGGCCGUGGCCUCUGGCGGCGUUGAUUUGCCGAUGGUGGGCGUGGUCAAAUAGCACCAGACUAUAGGCGGGGGGGGCGUAGUGGCGCGACAGCUAAAACCCGAGGCAGGCGCAGGACAGGUGCUGGGUAGACGCGGAGCGCUGAGUGCGUGUUCUCAGCCCGGCGGAGCCAUGUCUGAUCCAGCUCAGCAAUCUGCUCCCAGGGCCCCAGAAGGGGGUGCUCUUGGUGGGGGUCCCCCUGGGCCUCCCCCCAACAUGAGUAGUAACCUUCGGCUGCAGCAGUCCCAGGCCCAGAUGGAGGAGGUGGUGAGCAUAAUGAGUGUGAAUGUGGAGAAAGUGCUGGAUCGAGACAUAAGACUUACCGAGAUGGAUGGCAAGGCAGAGGCACUUGAGGCUGGUGCCUCAGUGUUUAAAACUAGUGCAGGAAAGCUAAAGAGGAAGUACUGGUGGAAGAACUGUAAGAUGAUGAUCAUGCUUGGAGUGAUCUGUGCCAUUGUGAUGGUGGCGAUUGUACGUAAGUACCAUAUAGAAUCUGAAUGGAGGGUCAGGGAGCCCCCAAGUCUUGGAAAUUGCCACCUUCUCCCUUUUGGUUAAGGGACUGAAGGUCUGAGAGUACCCUGCAUGUUCAAACGGUAGCUUCUGCCUGCUGGUUAAGGGAAAAGGUACCUUCCAAAUGCCUGGUGAAGGGUGGAGUAUCUGGGAAACUCCACAGGGAAAUGGUAUGUUCAAAAUAGCAUAUAAAGGACCCAGUCUGAGAGCUCUUUCUCCUUGGGGGGGAAAUGGGACCUUCCCUCUAUUGGGACAGAGGAGUUCUUCUCCCAAGUGUGAAAGGCAUGGGAGUGGAAGGGUUGGGAAGUCCCUAACUUGGCUGGGGGUUUGUAGGCCUCAGUUGCCUACUGUGGGGACCUUGGUGUAACUUGCCCUCUUGUUUUCUCCUUUCUCUUUUCCUUCUGUUGCAUUCUGUCUCCAGUUUACUUUUGUACUUGAGAAUGUGACCCCUCAGUCUGCAGUCCACCUUCCCCUCUUCCUGUCUCCUUCCUUGCCCACGCUCCCCCCUCCAUGUGGCUGCUUCAUUUUCAGUUCUUUUGUUGGUUUUGUUUGUCUUCUGUGUAAGAUUCUGAAGCAACUCUCCUGGAUCUAGGUUUAACGCCUUCAACACCU